UUGGCUGCCGGAGCCUCGUCACAAGGUCAAAGGGCCUCUCUGUGUGCGUGUCAUGGAGGGCAGCCAGCAGCAAAGCUUCUCGUUGCGUGCUGCGUUUGCUUGCAGCAAGCAAUCAGUGGAGCACAAGUUUCCCGCAAGUAAAAGCAUUUUCCCCUGGAUGAAAGAAUCCAGACAAGCCAAGCUCAAACCCGACAGGAGACGUACAGACCUUGGAAGUCCCACCAGCACCAGCGACUCUCCCAGCUCCAGCACGCCGGCGUGCAAGCGCACUCGCACGACGUACACCAGCGCACAGCUGGUGGAGCUGGAGAAGGAGUUCCACUUUAGUCACUACCUCUGCAGGCCACGCCGGCUGGAGAUGGCCGGCCUGCUCAAUCUGGAGGAGCGGCAGAUUAAGAUCUGGUUCCAGAACCGCCGGAUGAAGCAGAAGAAGGAUGAGAGGCUCCUCCAGCAUGCCUCCGCCUCGCCCUCCUCACCCAGCUCAUCGCCCUCCGCCUCGGGCAGCCCCACUCUGUCCAGCCUGGGCUACGUGCACUUGGGCGGGGACUACCAGUCGACCUCACUUCGGCUGGAGUCCCAGCAGCAGUGGUACGAAUAUCCCGCUCCGAGCAUGACGAUUGACACACACUACGACACGCAUAGCACCGCUCAGGCGCAGAACCCAAACGAAGAUUUUCAUUAUUCGUGCAGCCCUCAUGACAGAAUCAUGCACGCUCCAAAACUCACGCAUUUGUAAUUGUACUUUCAUAUACAUGCAUGCACUUUUAAUAUUAGCUAUUAUUGUAGCAGCAUUAGACAUGGAUGGGGCAAUUAUCAAUGUGAUACAAGAACGAGCCCCCCCCCCCCCUAG